AUGCGGCCUCAAUAUCCCCAUUUCCAGCCCUACAACCUCUCACCCCUGGACCACCAUCUUCCACCUAUGCACCUGACUUUCUUCUUGACAUUCAAACCAGAAGAUUAUGCUCAAGCAUUGUCCGUCAUUGAAUCGGGACUCAACAGCUUGCUUUUCUCCCUGCCCUUUCUGACAGGAAAUGUCGCUCGUAUUCCACAGCCCGGUGGUGUACGACAGCUCCAUCCUGCGAUCCCGGCUGUUCUAGAUCAGUAUCCCAUGUUCAAAGUCAAACAUCAUCACAACAGCUAUCUCCCCGGCAAUACUUCCAGAGCUCCAGAAACAAAGAUAUCAUAUGACGACGUGUUUAUUCCUAUUCCUCUUGAUCAUGCAUCCAACGAGCUUAGCCCUGCGUUCCGGCUUCAGGCAAAUAUUCUGGAAGACGGGCUUAUCCUUUGCGCCACUAUGCAUCACACGGUCAUGGAUGGCAAAGGGUUGACGAAUGUGCUGAAAGCACUGUCCUUACAUUGUCAGAAUGUCCAUACCGAAAAGCCGACGGUUCCCCUGACCACCCCUGCCGAGCAGGAAGCCGGUAGGAAGCAGAUUCUCCAAGCCGGAUUGGCUCAGAAGCCUGCAGCCUGCAUCCAAACGCAUGUUUCAUCGAAAGUUGCCCAAGGUUCAGUCCCGCUCAUCCCCGAGGUCCCAGUAACUCGAAGGCUUGUCAUAAGCGAUGCUAAGCUUGCAAAGCUCCGAGAAAUGUGUGCUUCCUCUGCAAACCAUUCAGUCAACUUGUCUCGUAAUGACGUCUUCGCCGCCCUCAUGUGGCUGUGUGUUAUCAGAGCGCGUGAAUCGGUUUCACCCACCCCGACCGAUGCGAACCGCAAGUCUACCAUGGGAACCGUCUCUGAUACUCGGGCCAUUAUGCGACCCGCUCUUCCGGAUGCUUACAUGGGCAAUGCGUACUCCGCACUCUGUACUGAGAGUCCUCUAUGCCAGAGCGCUUAUGUCAACCGUUCACCCAACUCAGCCGCCGACCAAAUGCAGCAGAGGAUAGAUGGACUCAAAGCUACAGACGUUGCAUCCGUCGCUCAAUUGGCUGUUGCUAUUCGACGGGAUCGGAUAGCCCUCGAUGACGAGUAUAUCCGCACUGAGAUCGCGGCCGUCGUCAAUAAACCGGAAUGGCAGCCAACCUUUCUCGCUCAAUGCGACUACCUACAGAGUAGUCUACGGAAUUUUGCUUUCUACGAUAUGGACUUUGGUCCCGUGCUGGGCAAGAUCUCGGACUUUGAUAUCCCUGAUGGGAGGCUCAGUCGUAUUGCUUGGGAUUUGCCGGCUCGGUAUGCGAACGCGCCGUGGGAACUCCGGAUUGGACUCGAGCCGAAAGUCAUGGAGAGUCUGCGAAUGGAUCCGUUGUUUCAAUGGGUGGAGGAGAAAUGA